AUGCCUUUUGAAGGGUUUAGUUCACUGAAAGACAGAUUUUUGAAACCAGGGAAGGAAGACGUGAAGACCACUGUUAGUGACUCUCUGGGGAAUCUGCAAAGAAAAAUUGAUGGAACCAACACAGAAGACGACCACAUUGAAUUGACUGAAGAGGGAAGGCCUGUGUUGGCAACCACUCACAAACCUCCCCUAUGUGACUGCUAUUGCUGUGGACUACCCAAGCGCUACAUCAUCGCCAUGAUGAGUGGUCUGGGCUUUUGCAUUUCUUUUGGAAUUAGGUGCAAUCUGGGUGUUGCCAUAGUGGAAAUGGUUAACAACAGCACCGUCUAUGUGAAUGGAAAACCAGAGCUUCAGAAAGCUCAGUUCAGCUGGGAUCCAGAGACAGUAGGACUUAUACAUGGCUCAUUUUUCUGGGGUUACAUUGUGACACAAAUUCCAGGAGGGUUUAUCUCAAACAAACUAGCUGCUAACAGGGUAUUUGGAGCAGCUAUUUUCCUAACAUCUACAUUGAAUAUGUUCAUCCCGUCUGCUGCAAGAGUACAUUAUGGCUGUGUUAUGUUUGUAAGAAUUUUGCAAGGUCUCGUAGAGGGCGUGACCUAUCCAGCGUGCCAUGGGAUGUGGAGCAAAUGGGCUCCCCCACUGGAGAGAAGCAGGCUGGCAACCACGUCUUUCUGUGGUUCUUAUGCUGGGGCAGUGGUUGCCAUGCCCUUGGCAGGGGUAUUGGUGCAGUAUAUAGGAUGGCCAUCAGUCUUUUACAUUUAUGGAAUGUUUGGAAUUGUUUGGUACAUAUUCUGGUUGUUUCAUGCCUAUGAGAGCCCUGCUGCACAUCCAACAAUAACCAGUGAAGAAAGAACAUACAUAGAAACAAGUAUAGGAGAAGGAUCCAGCCUAGUUAGUGCAAGUAAAUUUAGUACCCCUUGGAAGAAGUUUUUCACUUCAAUGCCGGUGUAUGCAAUCAUUGUGGCAAACUUUUGUAGAAGCUGGACCUUCUAUUUGCUGCUUAUAAGUCAGCCUGCUUACUUUGAAGAGGUCUUUGGCUUUGCAAUUAGUAAGGUUGGCCUUUUGUCUGCAGUUCCACACAUGGUCAUGACAAUUAUUGUUCCCAUUGGUGGGCAAUUAGCUGACUUUUUACGAAGCAGAAAGAUUUUAACCACUACCACUGUAAGAAAAAUAAUGAAUUGUGGAGGUUUUGGCAUGGAAGCAACUUUGCUUUUGGUGGUUGGUUACUCUCAUACAAGAGGUGUGGCUAUUUCCUUCUUGGUGCUGGCAGUAGGAUUUAGUGGAUUUGCUAUUUCAGGAUUUAAUGUCAACCAUUUGGAUAUUGCACCCCGGUACGCCAGCAUUCUGAUGGGGAUCUCCAAUGGUGUGGGGACACUGUCGGGAAUGGUGUGCCCACUCAUUGUUGGUGCGAUGACUAAACACAAGACCCGGGAAGAGUGGCAAAAUGUCUUUCUGAUAGCAGCUCUCGUGCACUACAGUGGAGUGAUAUUCUAUGCUAUCUUUGCUUCUGGUGAGAAGCAAGAAUGGGCUGACCCUGAAAGCCUCAGCGAAGAGAAAUGUGGCAUAAUUGACCAAGAUGAACUGGCUGAAGAAACGGAACUGAACAGUGAAACUUUUGUUAGUCCAAAGAAAACGUACGGCGCUACCAGUCAAAACAACGAUGUGCGGAAAAAGGCAUGGAGAAAGCAAAAGGGAGUAACGCAGGAUAUAGAGGAACAGACUUCCUACCAUUAUGAAAAUGGAAAUUUUCAAGAUAGGUCAUAAUAUCUGAAAAUGUGUGAUCGUGUGGCAAGUGCCCCCAUCCUCUCCUGCCCAACCGCUUCCUAAUCAGACAGUAUCCAUAUGUACUUGCUUAUUCAUUCAUGGAAAAUCCUGCCAAAUGGCUAGAUGUAAGAUGUAGUAAGGUAAUUCUCUCCUUGUAGCACAGAAAAAGAGCUAAUAGAAAUAUA